AUGGCUUCCAUCUACACAGCCAUUUUCUUGAUCUUUUUCAGCAUCAACAUAUGGGGUUCACUUUUAGUAGGAGCCAAGGUUUACAUGGUUAUGAUGGAAGAUGAUGAACCUGUUAUUUCUCUCAUAUCCAAGAAUUCUAGCCUCAAGAGGUCUAGUGAAGAUGUCAGGUUAUACAAAGAGAGUAUGAUCAGCCGGCAUGACUUAUUCUUGGAGUCUCACCUCCCAGUGGGCUCCUACAAGAAACUCUAUAGCUAUAGUCAUCUUCAGAAUGGGUUCGCGAUUCACGUUUCCUCCCAUGAGGUUCUUGAAGCUAUAAGAAAUGCAAGGGGAGUUAGAAAAAUCGAGGAGGAUAUCAAGAUGAAGAAACUGACAACACGUACACCUGACUUUCUGGGAAUCCCCUCUGAGGUUUGGCCAAUAUUAGGAGGUGCUCAAAAUGCCGGUAAAGGAGUGGUAAUAGGCAUUAUUGACACCGGAAUCAACCCAAAUCAUCCUAGUUUUGUUGAUCAAUCUUCAUCAGGAGAUGAUCCUAAUGGAAGCUUCCAUUCGAAUAGCAGUAGUGCUAGCAAAAAGUUCAAGGGACAAUGUGAGAUUGGAGAAGGAUUUCCUCAAUUAGCAUGUGCAGGUAAGAUUGUUGGUGCACGAUAUUUUUCACGUGCAGCAACAGUAGCUGGUGACUUCAAUGCAUCUCGUGAUUUCGCUUCCCCUUUUGAUGCUGAUGGCCAUGGAAGUCACACAGCUUCAACUGCUGCGGGAAAUUUUCGUACUCCAGUUAUAGUUGAUGGGUUCAAUUACGGUUCUGCAAGCGGCAUGGCUCCUGGAGCACAGAUUGCUGUGUACAAAGCACUCUACACGUUUGGAGGUUAUAUGUCUGAUGUCAUGGCUGCAGUUGACCAGGCAGUUGAAGAUGGAGUUGAUAUACUUAGUCUAUCAAUUGGACCUUCAAGUGUUCCUCCAGGAUCUGCUGCAUUUUUAAAUGUACUGGAGAUGGAGUUAUUAUUUGCUACAAGAGCCGGUGUUUUGGUUGUUCAAGCAGUUGGAAAUGGCGGUCCUUCUACUUCUUCAAUACUCUCUUUCAGUCCAUGGAUUACAAGUGUUGCUGCCUCAAUCAUAGAUCGAAAAUAUAACAAUUCAAUUGAAUUAGGCAAUGGACGUAGUUUCUCUGGCACCGGGCUUUCACCUCCUACUUUGGGAAUGCAAAAUUAUCCGAUAGCUGCAGCGGCAGAUGUAACUACCAGGAACGCAAGUUUUAUAACAAUAGAGAACUGUCAACAUCCUGAGCCAUUCAUUCCAUCUUUGGCCCGAGGGAAGUUAAUUAUCUGCACAUACACAUUCGACUUUGAAUUCGAAUCAGCAAGUAUCGCAGCUAUUGCCGAUACCAUGCAGAAAAUCGGAGCUGCUGGCUUUAUAAUUACAAUGGACCCUGACCUUGGUUCUGAGCAAGUUCGAGGUACUACAACUACCUUACGUGUACCUGGAAUUGUGUUGAGCAAUAUGCAAGCCUCAUCUGCUCUUUGGGAGUACUACAACUCUCAAACCAUUCGAAACAGGCUUGGACAUGUAAUGGCAUUUACUGCAACAGCUAGGAUUUUAGAUGGAAGAGUAGCAAGUUAUACUGCACAGGCACCAAUUGUGGCAUCUUAUUCAUCUAGAGGACCCGAUGUGAACAACGCAUUGUUACAAACUGCAGAUGUUCUUAAGCCUAAUGUCAUGGCUCCUGGAUCAUCAAUAUGGGCUGCUUGGAGCCCUAACAGCGAAGGAGAUCACCAUAUUAGAGGGAAAUUUUUCGCCCUUGUAUCUGGUACAAGCAUGGCUACUCCUCAUAUAGCAGGUGUUGCUGCCUUAAUCAAACAGAAACACCCAACAUGGAGUCCAUCAGCAAUCACGUCCGCUAUGAUGACAACAGCAAACAGAACAGACCACUUCGGUGCACCAAUUUUAGCUCAACAAUUGAACCAACUUACUCCCGCGACACCAUUCGAUUACGGUGCUGGUGCAAUAAAUCCUUCUAAAGCUAUCGACCCAGGACUGGUUUUCAACACUAAGUUCAAAAAUUACAUACAAUUCCUUUGCUCCGUUCCUGGUGUGGACGAUGAGUCGGUAAGACGAGCAGUUGGUGUUGGGUGCCCUACAAAGAAAAGAAGGUGGUGCUCAGAUUUGAACACAGCAAGUGUGACGGUUUCGAAUCUGGUUGGUUCAAGGAGGGUUAUUCGGAAAGUAACGAAUGUCGACAAUGGAACUGAACUGUAUGAAGUACAUGUUACGGAGCCUAUGGGUGUUACUGUCACUGUUACUCCUCAAGCUUUCAUUAUUCGACCAAACAAGUCUAGAGUUCUCACAAUCAUGCUAGAGGCAAAAGAAGCAACAAAUUCAUAUACAUUUGGGGAGUUGGUACUUACUGGAGACAGGAAACAUGAAGUCCGAGUCCCAUUAUCUAUUUACGUAACAAGUACCAUUAAGUCUUAAUAUUCAGUACCUCUUGCAGACAUGGUUUUUGUCAACCAUCAUCAACAUUAUUAUUAGGUAGAGGUUACUUUUAUGUAGGAUUUCUGAUGUUUGAUGUUAGGUUUGAGCUUUUGAGUUGUAUCUUCUCAUAUUUAUUUGUUUUUCACUUGAAAUGAC